AUGCAAACACUCAGGUCCUUCUUCGCGCCGCCCGAUCCACAGGCACAGAUGCGCAAAUGCAACACCCUACUCCGCUCCAACAUGCGCAAGAUCGAUCGCGACAUCGCCCAGGUCAAGCAAGUAGAGACCAAGACCAAGAACCUCAUAUUGGCCGCCGACCGACGAGCACAAAAGAACCCAGCCCAGCGUAAACAGGCCGAGAGGGAAGUACGCGACUUCGCCCGCGAGCUGAUCCGCGCCCGCAAGACCACCGCUCGCCUGAUCACCAGCAAAGCCCAGCUCAACAGCGUGCAGAUGCAGGUCAACGAGGCCUUCGCCCUACGCAAGAUCGAGGGCAGCAUUCGCGCCAGCGUCAAGAUUAUGAAGGACGUCAACACGCUCGUGCGCCUACCCGAGCUGGCCGGAACCAUGCAGGAGCUCAGCGUUGAGCUGAUGAAGGCCGGCAUUAUCGAGGAGAUGGUGGGCGAGCAGCUCCCCAUGGAUGUUGAUCUGGAAGACGAAGAGGACGAAGCCGAGGGCGAAGUCGACAAGGUGCUGGGCGAGAUCCUGAAGGAUCGCAUGGAGAAGACGGGCGGCUUGCCUAGUGUGCCAGAGCCCAGCCAGAAACUGCCACAGCAACCUCAGCACGCCGAGGAGGAGCCCGAGGAAGAGGAUACCGAGGCGAUGAUGGACCAGAUGCGGAAUCGACUGGAGGCUCUGAGGAGUUAG